AUGGCGUCAGUUAGGACGGAGAAACAUUUACCUCCGAAUAUUCGGGAUUGCUUCGUUGUAAGAAAUAACGACGAUCCCGUUGACGAAGGAUACAAAAAUCCGUUACCAUUUCAACCGUUGGUCGUCUGUCUGCGUUUCUUGGGCGUCGAAUUCGAUCCUGCACUCCUGAACAAAUCAUCCAAGUUGAGCACAAUUUCUUUGUCCAAAUUUACACCAUGGACACGCCUACCAAUUCUUCGUCAGUCGAAAACAAUUCGACGGUACCCUCCGUUUUGUUUUGGAACCUUAUCGUUGAUUAACGUCAAUUACGGUGUCCUUUUCGUCGGCGUUCAUGCUUCUCUUUUAUUCUUUUCUCGACAAAAAGAAUGGAAAUUUCUCUGGGACAAUGUCCAGCAGAUAUUACAACAUCGCAACGAGUUCAAAGACAUAAGGAAGUCCAUUCGUCGUGUCACAAUCGCCGGCCUUCUGAUCGCUUGUUUGGAAACGUUAGGAUUCAUCAGCUGUUCCCUAGUUCUCAUUGAUUUUAACGAAGGAUUGACAUUAGAAUUUUAUUUCCGUCCAAUCGCCAACUUUUCCUACGUUUACGCGACUUGCGGUUUGCUGUUAUUCGCCAUCAUCGGAUGGACAGUGACGCUGGGAUUCCGCAGUCUCCACCAGGAACUAUUCAGCAACUGUCUGCUGACCACCUUUAACAAUAACGGGUGUCCGGAAACGGUCUCUUUGGCUGAAAAAGGGGAACUGAUUGAAAUGUUGGCCAAUUGGAAACGACUUCACGUUUUGUUAAUCGACACUGUGGACGAAAUCAACGGUUGUCUUGGUCCUGUUCUACUCAUUUGGGUGGCUCACACCUUUGUCGGUUUCAUCGCCACUCCGUUUUAUAUUCUCGAUGGAAUCCAUUUCAACACUGGAUCAUUGAGUUCUUCCAGGGUUUUGCUGAUCAUGAACUUUUGUCUCUUUGCCCAGCAUCUUAUUUUCAUUUGCUCUUUAUCACCGGAAUUUCGAGUCGCAUCUGGCACGAGGCGGCUGCAAAUGGGAAGUUAUUACAGAAAGUGAAUCCAAACGAUUUCUACCAUCUCCAAGACCAGGUAAGCAUGUUGACGACCGAAAUUUUCCUAUCGCUGCCACGCAUCACAGCCAUGGAAUACGGAGACUUGGAUUUUUCGCUU